UGCCAGCAGAUGUUGGAUUAAGGAGAUAAAACUGCCAAGUCCAACGGAAAUGUAGUGCCCUUCAUACGCAAAAUUAUUUGUUGAAUCACCAUUUGAUGUGCCUAAAUUCGGAAUUGAAUCGAAAUUGAAUUAAAUUCAAAAGAUGCCAAUCUAUAUUAUUUUUCCGUUGAUUGCUGUGUCCGGCGCGGUAGGUUUUCUAAUCGGAGCCCUUGCGCAGCAGGACAUAUCAUAUCGAAAGCUAAACAAUACGAUGGUCAGCGAUGCGUAUGUGUACCAGAGCCGCCGUAAGAUAUUCAAAUCGCUAUCGUUUCUAGGGAUAACAUCCCCAGCUCCAGCUGCAGUACAGCCAACACAGAAUUCGGUGAGCACAAUGAGUGGGAGUACCUUCGCGGGGAGCGAAACUGAAUCGUCGGAAAUCGAAUCAUCACCCGAUACUGGCAGUAUGUCUCUGUUUGAGCAAUUCAUUCUUUGGAGCCGUAGCCAAGUAAACCACGUGAUCAUGUUCAUGACCUUUUCAAUAGGAGCUGAACAGCCUCAAUACAAGGAGAUAUCACAUGUAGCCAGCAUUAUGAAGUACGGCUUUCCUGGAAUGGACGAGAUACAUGUCUAUAAGAACUUUGUGGUCUCGUAUGAUAGACGCAAUCGCAUCGCCCAUUGGGUCUGUGAGCAUCUGAAAGGCGAAUGCCUGACCUACAGAGAUCCACAGACCCUAGAAAAGCCCAACGAAUACAUACCCGAUGCUAGUAUUCCGACCAUGUUCAGUGCGAAUAUGCGCGACUUUCGAAAUUCCGAGUGGGUGGGGGGCCACAUGGCGUCGCCUCAGAACUACAAGUGCGACAUAGCAAUGUUCACCGAGGCGUACAAAUUCCCCAACAUAGUUCCAAUCAGUCGGGCCCUUAAAAAUAAUGUCUGGUUGCGUCUGGAGCACUAUGUCCGCGAGCUGGCACUCAAGUCGGGCUCGGUGUACGUAUACACCGGUCCCAUGUUCAUGCCACAACGCAUCACCUUCAGGAACUGGGCCAUCCGUCACCAUGUGAUGGGUAUGAAUACAGUCGCAGUGCCCACCCACUUUUUUAAGGUCAUUAUCAGUGAGCACAAGCAAAAUGAUGAUUUGCCCUUCGUGGAAGGCUAUGUGGUGCCCAAUGCCGAGGUCGACGCUGAAACAGAUCUCCGCUCUUUUCUGGCUGACGUCCGGGAUAUUGAACACUUUGCCGGACUCAAGUUCUUCGACGGUGACCAGCGGAAGCGACUUGAUUUCACAUCAAGCGAUAGUUCACUAGAUAUUGAAUAUGUCAACUAAAUUAUCAUUUGGCACUCGCUGGCACUUAAAUAAAAUUAAUUGAUACAACAGAAA